AUGGAGGGGCAGCAAGAGCAGGCCAUCGUGCCUAUGGAGCCUGGAUCAGAAUGGCGCUUUGAACUCGAGCCCGACGAGAACAUUGCCUUGAGAGUACACUCGACAGACCCAGUUUACAUCAACGGCGAGGAGCUGCCGCCGACAACGUGGUACCCACUGUACCGCUACAACAAGGGAGCUGUGUACUCCCCGACGGAAGGCAAGAUUGAAGGUGAGCCUUCUUGUUUGCGGGAAGCUGACUUCAGUGUCCACGCUGCCGGCAUCUCAGUACACCUCGACGUCGACGACACAGCCGCACCUGAACAGCCUGCAUCUGGCGCUAGAGCGGCUACGCAUUCUGUCCCGACGAGGAGGUGA